GCGGUGAAUCUUUUCAAUGCUUUGAGAUGAUAUUCAGCCAUUGAUCCACAGACUGAAUCUCAUCAGUUGAUUUCUUUCUUUUCGUUCUAUUUUUGCAAGCUCCUCUUCUUUGUGCUAAUGGAGUUCAGAAUACCCUUAUUCCAGAUUAUCAUCAGCUUCCUCCUUGUUUUGUUUAUGGCAGCAAUCAAAAGUGUAAGGAAAUCUAAAGCUAGGAAUUUAACUCAAAAGUUGAUUCCAGGGCCACGGAAAUUACCUUUGAUAGGAAAUUUUCACCAGCUUGCUGGUCCUGGUCUACUUCAUCGCACCCUACGGGACUUGGCUACGAAACAUGGCCCCAUUAUGCACCUGCAACUUGGUCAAGUUUCCACUGUGGUCGUUUCUUCUGCCGAAAUGGCUAAAGAGAUUAUGAAAACACAUGAUAUCGUUUUUGCUAAUAGGCCUUUUCUUGUUGUGUCCAUGAUUACAACUUAUGAGUGCACUGAUAUCGCCUUUUCACCAUACGGAAACUAUUGGAGACAUCUGCGGAAAAUUUGCACCGAGGAGCUUCUGAGUGCGGCUCGGGUCAAUUCAUUCCAAUCGAUAAGAGAAGAGGAAGUGCUGAAUCUCAUAGAAACCAUAAAAUCAAAUGAAGGGUUGGCUGUGAAUCUGAGUGAGAAAGUGUUCUCGAUGAGUUACGGCAUAACAGCAAGGGCAGCCUUUGGCAAGAAAUGCAAAAAUCAAGAUGCUUUCGUAUCUGUUAUUUCAGAAGAAUCCAAGGUGAAUUCGGGGUUCCUUGUUUCCGAAUUUUUUCCUUCACUUAAAUUCCUGGAUGUUGUUUCGGGUCUAAAGCAUAGAGUUGAAAAGAUUCAUGGAGAAGCUGAUAGGAUACUUGGGAACAUUGUUAAUGAUCACAAAGAAAGUAUAGCAAAGGGCAAACGGGAAGAUCUGGUUGAUGUUCUUUUAAGGCUUCAGGAGAAUGGUGAAGUUCCCUUAACUGACAACAACAUCAAAGCUAUCAUCUUUGACAUUUUUGGUGGUGGAAGUGAGACAUCAGCAUCGGUUGUAGAAUGGGCAAUGUCAGAAAUGAUUAAAAACCCUAGAGUUAUGACAAAAGCACAAGCAGAGGUAAGGCAGGUAUUCCAAGGCAAAGGAAAUGUAGAUGAAACAGGCAUUCAUCAACUUAAAUAUCUAAAGUGUGUUAUAAAAGAAACCUUGAGACUGCACCCUGUUUUCCCUUUAUUGCUUCCAAGAGAAUGUAGCCAAAACUGCGAGAUUAAUGGAUUUGAGAUACCUUCAAAGACCAGGGUCAUUAUCAAUGCAUGGGCAAUUGGGAGAGAUCCAAACCAUUGGGUUGAGCCUGAAAAGUUUGAGCCUGAAAGAUUUAUCAACAGUUCAGUAGAUUUCGUGGGAACAAAUUUUGAGUUCAUUCCAUUUGGUGCUGGAAGAAGGAUAUGUCCAGGCAUAUUAUUUGCAGUGCCAAAUGUAGAGCUACCACUUGCCCAACUGUUGUUCCAUUUUGAUUGGAAGUUGCCGAAGCAAGAAGAUAUAGAUAUGACUGAGGAGUUUGGCUUGUCUGUGAGGAGGAAAACUGAACUUAUGUUAAUUCCUACUCCAUAUCGUGCUUCCAUUACUGUUUCUUAGAGGCACACCUUAACGAGGAAGAUAGUAAAACAUAACUAUAUUGUUAGUCAUCCUAAUAGCCCACUGCUUGUAGAUGCAACUUAUGCUAUCCUUGAAUAAUAUAUAUAUAUAUAUAGCUCUUGCUUCUAGUGCA